GUUGGGAGCAGCGGGAGGUCAGCUGGGAGCUCGGCAGCGAUCUAACAGCCCACCGUUGGGGGACAGCAUGCCCAGCGCUGGCGUGGCUGCGGCCCUCCUAGACAAGGAGAAUGUGGGGGUGCCGGCCGGCAAAUCGAUGGACGGCAAACUGGCGGGGAAGCGCCCGCUGGGCGACGGCGCCGACGGUGGCGCUGCCAAGCUGCCGCGCAAGUCAGCCCUGCAGCCGCUGAGCGCAAACGUGCUUGGCGUGCAGCAGACGGCCGCGGGGCCCGCGCCGCCGCCCUCGUUUUCCGACAACACCAAGCCGGGCGCCAUGGGCCCGCCGCCGCCGCGCGUUGCCACCUCCUCCCGCCCAGCCAGCGGCGCCGAGGCCAGCGGCGCCAGCCGUGAGCGCUCUGCCAGCGGGGCCGCCAUGGUGCGGCGAUGGCAGCUCACCGACUUUGACAUUGGCAAGCCGCUGGGGCGGGGCAAGUUUGGGAACGUCUACCUGGCACGCGAGCGCAAGAGCAAGUUCAUUGUGGCUCUCAAGGUGCUGUUCAAGAACCAGCUGCAGCAGUCCAACGUGGAGCACCAGCUGCGGCGCGAGAUCGAGAUCCAGUCCCACCUGCGCCACCCCAACAUCCUGCGCCUCUACGGCUACUUUUAUGACCACACGCGCGUCUACCUGAUCCUGGAGUAUGCGGCGCGGGGGGAGCUGUACAAGGAGCUGCAGCGCGCGGGCAGCUUUGACGAGCGGCGCACCGCCACCUACGUGGCCAGCCUGGCCAAGGCGCUGACCUACUGCCACGCCAAGCACGUCAUCCACCGAGACAUCAAGCCCGAGAACCUGCUGCUGGGGCUCAACGGCGACCUCAAGAUCGCAGACUUUGGCUGGUCGGUGCACGCGCCCAACAGCCGGCGCAAGACGCUGUGCGGCACGCUGGACUACCUGCCCCCGGAGAUGGUGGAGGGGAACUACCACGAUGCUGCGGUGGAUGUGUGGAGCCUGGGCGUGCUGUGCUACGAGUUCCUGUAUGGCCAGCCGCCGUUUGAGGCCGCGGGGCACAGCGAGACCUACAAGCGCAUCCUGCGCGUCGACCUCCGCUUCCCGCCCACCCCCGAGCGCAGCGACGGCGCCAAGGACUUGAUCAAGCAGCUGCUGGUGAAGGACCCCAAGGAGCGGCUGCCGCUGGGCCAGGUGCUGCAGCACCCCUGGAUCCAAGCACACGCAGACCCCGCUGUGCUGGCGCGCGCCACGUAG